AGUUGAUUUCCGGCAAACAUGGCUUCGCACUUUUGACGGCGGUGAUUAAAAAGCAACAAAGACGAAACGCUCUCAGGUUUAUUUGUGCGUGUUUCAGUUAAACAGCCAACAUUAUCAUCUAAACAGCGUCAGUCUGCUCUUCUCAGGCCGCAUCUGUCCCACAGCAGGCGCCAUGGAAACAGAGGAGCAGGCCAGGAACCGUUUCCAGUCGGAGCUGGAGUUCGUCCAGUGUUUGGCCAACCCAAACUACCUGAACUUUUUGGCUCAGAGAGGCGUCCUGAGGGAGCGACCCUUCAUCAACUACCUGAAGUACCUGCUGUACUGGAAGGAGCCAGAGUACGCCAAGUUCCUCAAGUAUCCUCACUGCCUGCACAUGCUGGAGCUGCUGCAGUACGAACACUUCAGGAAGGAGCUGGUCAACGCUCAGUGCGCCAAGUUCAUCGACGAGCAGCAGCUGCUGCACUGGCAGCACUACUCCAGGAAACGCACCCGGCUGCAGCAGGCGCUGGCCGAGCAGCAGCAGCCGCAGCAGCAGGCGCCGCCGCACGGCAACGCCACCGCCAAGUGAUGUGGUCACUGGAGGUGGGAGGAGGACUGUCCAUAGCUCGACUGACGCCAAUAUCGACGUUUGAGAGUUUAAAAACACGUCAGACAAUAUUUUCUUUUUGUUUCACAAACAUUUUUGAGGAGGAUCCCUGACAUGUGGUGUGUAGAAGAAGAGCUGUGGUCAGGAUGUUACUGAGUGGAACAUUUACAGUGUCAAAAUAAACAGGUCUGUGCUCUGUGGUGGACAAACCUGAAACAGAGCGACACUGAUCCAUCAGUGUCUACGCCGAUGCUGAUAAACCUCCAGCUUUUGGAUCCAGUUAAUGACAGAACAGGUGCUGAUUGUGAGAAACCUGCACGUUUUGAACAUCCUGUUGGGAAUUAGAGAAUGUUUUUUUGUUGUUGUUGUUGUUUUUUUUCCUGAAACAGAGUGACACUGGCGAGGAAAAGCGUCUGGUUGUCUUCAGUCACAGGUCGGCUCAUGAAAUUAGAUACGGGGAAGAAAGCUGAGAAUACAAACCCAGUAACGUAACCUCAAACAUAUCGAUACAGAAAAGUCUCUUUUAUGUAAGUCGAUAUAAAGUAUGUGCACCGUGACCGUUUUAUUUCUUAUCUGUUGUUUUACAGCUGACAGACGUUGCUUUUUCCAAGCGGUUAGGAUUUCUUGCCCUCUAGUGAGUUCUUAUAUUCCACGUUCUUCUUUCAAGUGUGUGGAUCUGAUAAAGGAUUAAAGGUCUAUUAAAACAACAAGAACAUUA